AUGAUCUCAUCUAUGGUGCCUAUGCUUGCCAUGGCCUGCGGAAUGAUCCUGGGCGGCAUACUGGUGUCCUUUUGCGAGGAGAGCUUCGGGUCACCUCUUCGAGACUGCAGUCCGCAUGCGCGGUAUGGUGCCUGUGAAAGCGAGCCCGAAGUCACCAGCUUUGGCGUAGCAGAGCCUCGAUCUUCAUCCUUGUAG